UUUCCCUUUUCACAAGUUCCAAACAGAGCCUCUCUCUCUCUCUCUCUCGUUCGUUUCAUCUUCCAUCCCUUUCUUCUCUGUCCGCCUUACAGGUUGCGUUUCGCCUUCUCUGCGGCAACUGACACUUGGAGCAGACGACGAGUUACGUCCGGUUCUUCUCCCUCUCGCUCCGGUCCUCCAUGCACAGGAAUUCUUGAAUAAAUCAUGCUCUGACACUUGAAAGGAGUUGUUGACUUUAAGUUGGAUUCUUCCUUAUGUAAACCCGUGGACAAACCUGGUGUUGGAUAUCAUUAUUAAACACAAGUUCCAGUGCUAGUUACUGCUCACUGUACAUGAGAUAAAUAUCAACUAUUUGCUCAGAUCUAGUUCAGGUGUACUUGAGGUUUAGUUUCUGCUUUUACGGUAAUUUGAUGCAUAAUCAUGCCAUCAUGGUGGGGAAGAUCUUCUUCCAAAGAAGUGAAGAAAAAAGAAAACAAGGAAACUUUCGUUGGCACCAUCCACAGGAAACUCAAGAUUACUUCUGAAGAAAAGUCCCGAAGUUGUAAAGAUUCUCGCAGAAAUUAUAGUGACUUUACUCCAGAAAAUGGUACUUUGUCACAUGUUCAGCUGCAAUCACUGUCUCUCUCAGCACAAGUAUCACGCUGUGAAAGUUUUUCUGAAAGGCCUCAUGCUCAGCCACUUCCACUUCCUGAGGAUCACCCAACUAGUAUAGGGCAUACUGAUUCUAUAGUUAGUGCACCAGAAAAACUAGAAUUUUCCAAAGGUUCCAAGCAGUCCCUUAUUCUUCCACUUCCUAGACCUGAGAAUCUCUCAAACAAGUCAGAACCUGCAUAUGCUUAUGGGGAUUUUGGGACAGCUUCUGUUUCCAGUGAUAGUUGCACUGAUAGUGAUGAUCCUUGUGAAUCACAUCUCUUGAGCUCUCAGGCAUCUGACUAUGAAAAUGGGAAGAGAACUGCUAUAAACAACCUUCCCAGUGUAAAGCUGAAGGAACAACCCAAUGCUCUGAACCAGAAAAACUCAAAGGACAUGUUGAAAUCAUCUAAUGUUUUGUUCGGUAGUCAGGCUCACUUGACAUCUGCCAAUCAAGGAUCUUUAGGCAUUCAUGUGCCAAAUUUAAAUAUUCCCCACCGUGUUGCUCCCUCCAGUGCUCCAGACAGUUCAAUGUCGAGUCCUUCUAGAAGUCCAAUGAUAGUAUUUGGUCAUGAACUAGUCACGAACUCUGGUUUCUGGGGAGGAAAACUCUAUCCAGAUGUAGCUUUGCUUGGGCCUGGACAGUGCUCUAGUCCAGGUUCAGGUCAAAACUCUGGACACAAUUCAGUUGGAGGAGAUAUGUCUGGACAGCUGUUUUGGCCUCACAGCAGGUGUAGCCCAGAGUGCUCUCCAAUUCCUAGCCCAAGAAUGACAAGCCCUGGGCCUAGCUCAAGAAUACAUAGUGGUGCUGUCACCCCUCUGCAUCCUAGAGCUGGACUAGCUGUAAUGGAGACAUCCUCAAACUGGUCUGAUGAGAAGAAGCAGCAAAGUCAUCGAUUGCCCCUCCCCCCAGUAACAAUAUCUAAUUCGUGCCCCUUCUCUCCUCCACUACCAAGAAGUCCUGGCAGCGCAGAAACUCCAACUAGCCCUGGUUCACUCUGGAAGAAGGGGCGGCUCCUUGGCAGAGGUACAUUUGGGCAUGUAUAUCUUGGUUUUAACAGUGAAAGUGGUGAGUUGUGUGCAAUGAAGGAGGUUGUUCUAUGUUCGGAUGAUGCAAAGUCUAGGGAAAGUGCACAACAACUCAGACAAGAAAUUGCACUACUGAGUCACUUGCGCCAUCCAAAUAUAGUGCAGUAUUAUGGAUCUGAGACGGUAGAUGACAAACUGUACAUAUACCUGGAGUAUGUAUCUGGUGGUUCCAUCUACAAACUUCUUCAAGAUUAUGGUCCACUGGGUGAAAUAGCUAUUCGUAGCUAUACUUAUCAAAUAUUGUCAGGGCUUGCAUAUUUGCAUGUCAAAAAUACAGUUCAUAGAGACAUCAAAGGAGCAAAUAUACUUGUUGACCCCAGUGGCUGCGUGAAGUUGGCAGAUUUUGGGAUGGCAAAACAUAUUUCAGGACAGUCUUGUCCAUUAUCAUUCAAGGGAAGCCCUCACUGGAUGGCACCUGAGGUUAUAAAAAAUUCAAGUGGUUGCAAUCUUGCUGUGGAUAUAUGGAGCCUUGGGUGCACAAUUUUGGAGAUGGCUACUGGGAAACCACCUUGGAGCAAGUAUGAAGGGGUUGCUGCCAUGUUUAAGAUUGGGAACAGCAAGGAACUUCCUGAAAUUCCGGAUCAUCUUUCGGAUGAGUGCAAGGACUUUGUGAUGCAUUGUUUACAGCGCAAUCCUAAACUCCGUCCUAUGGCUGUUCAUCUUUUGGAGCACCCUUUUGCUAAAAAUGCUGCAACUCUGGAGAGACCCAUUCUAAUUUCUGGCUCUCCAAGACAACCACCUACAGUUACAAAUUCUGUGAGAUCUCUAGGUGCUGGACACACCAGAAACAUAUCAAGCUUGGACUUGGAAGGGGUGGACCAUCAGCCUAGGCGUUCACAAACUAGCACAGGAUUCAGUGAUACCUGUGCCCAUUUCCCAAGAAAUAUAUCAUGCCCGGUGUCUCCUAUUGCGAGCCCUCUCAUACAUCCACGAUCACCAAGACAAAUGAGUGGAAGGAUGUCCCCUUCCCCCAUUUCCAGCCCCUGCACCCCAUCUGGUUCAUCCACUCCUCUCACUGGAGGCAGUGGUACCAUUCCAUUUUAUCGCCUGAACAAUCUCGCCCAUUUCCAUGAGGGCAUGGGAACAAUUUCCAGGUCCCCAAAGAAUAUCCACCCAAAUGCCAGCACCUCCUAUCAUGACCCCAAGCCCGACAUGUUUCGAGGAAUGCCACAAGUCUCUCAUGGUUUCUGGGAAUUAGCGCCAUCAGAAAACGCUUUUUCAGGACAUCAGUUUGGACAACCCAUGAGAGACUUGUGGUUUGGACAACCCAUCCAAGGAGACCCGAUAGAACCAUAUGAUGGACAGUCAGCCUUGGCUGAUCGUGUGUCCCAGCAGCUCUUAAGGGACCAUGCGAAGUUGAACACCUUAUUGGAUCUUAAUCCUGGUUCACCGAUACUUGGUCGUGCGAAUGGAAUCUGAUUCGCGAAGCCCAUAGGUUGCACGAUCUGGGACGCAAGAGUUUACCAAAUUGUACAGAAGAGACCUGAAGCAAAAUAAAAUUUGUACUUUCUUGGAACUCGAGAAGACUAUAUCAUGGCGUGGGGUUUUCAUGGUCAUUCCCUCGAAGAUGUCUCUUAAGAACUGUGUUUAUCAUCAAGGAUAGAAUGCAAGAUCACAGGGCACCUUUGGAGCAUCUGAACUACAUUGGUUUGUUCAGUACCUUUGUUUUUCCUCCUCUUUCCCUAAUCCCGGAAUAGAACAAGAAAAUCAGCUGUACAGAGAGAUUGGCCGGAAAUAGCCUCUUUGCAGAGUAAAGGUAAGGUCACAUAUAAAAAAAAAAAAAAAAAAAAACGACCUUUCCUAAGAAAGUUAUGACAA